AUGUACGAGUUGCUGCUCUACGGCCAGGUCCCCCAAACCCGCCAUGAGCAAGUCCUGAAGGUCCUCGCGGGCGUUGCCGCCAUGCAGCCCCGCCGGAUCGUCAAACGUCACAUUGUUUACAGGCCGACGCGAGAACCGGAGGAACCAGGCUCGAACCUGCGACGCGGCGGUAGUCAAGCUGUUGCUGUGAAGAACACAGCUCGACCCGGCGGUUCGAAGCCUCUAUACUUCACACACCUCGUUCAGCGCCUGCCCGAGAGCUUCGAGCGCGAGAACACCCGAUCCACAGAGGACGACCCUGCCGUAGCCAAACAAGAUGCCGUUUCGGAAUCGCAGUGGUCUCACGAAUGGCAUGAUCUUCCUGAUCCGGUAGAUAGAGGCGUGCUCGUUCGGCAGACCACCAACAGCGGUGCUAUCGAGGGUAAUGCCCACGCCUAUGCCAUUGCUCUGGGUAACAAAUUCGUGUCCGAGUUCUACAUUGAGGGCAAUCAAUACGUGCUCGGAAAUGUCGUCAUCUUCCUCCACCGCAUCCUUCACGAGCCUGGCGUCCGAUCUCUCGAGACCGAGCCAAAGAUAGACCUCCCGUCUUUCUCCGCACUCUCACCCCUAGACCCGAGCGGGGCAUACAUUCUCGAGGCGAAGAUUCGCGUACAGGACUUGAACAACCCUGCGCUGCUAGAUACGGGAAUACAAGAGCUCCAGGGGUUCAAGAAGCACAUGAAAGGUUGUGUGGAAUUGCAUGUGCCAGACCGACUCACGUUGGACACACGUGUAAAAUAUCAGCCGAGGGGUAUCGCCCCACCAAAUCAUCAAGUCGCUGCCCGAUGA